CACAAGGGGCCAGGCUGAGGAGGCAGAGAAGAUGGGACUCCUCAGCGUAGACUUGCUGAUUACAUUGCAGAUUCUGCCAGUCUUUUUCUCCAACUGCCUCUUCCUGGCGCUCUAUGACUCGGUCAUUCUGCUCAAGCACGUGGCGCUGCUGCUCAGCCGCUCCAAGUCCACUCGCGGAGAGUGGCGGCGCAUGCUGACCUCAGAGGGACUGCGUUGUGUCUGGAAGAGCUUCCUCCUGGAUGCCUACAAACAGGUUAAACUGGGUGAAGAUGCCCCUAAUUCCAGCGUGGUGCAUGUGUCCAAUCCUGAAGCAGGUAACAAUUAUGCCCUGGAGAAGACAGCUGAUGGGACGGAAUGCCACCUCCUUGACUUUGCCAAUGCAGAGCGCCCACUGGUGGUCAACUUUGGUUCAGCCACCUGACCACCUUUCACUAGGCAACUGCCAGCCUUCCGCAAGUUGGUGGAAGAGUUCUCAUCGGUGGCUGACUUCCUGUUGGUAUACAUUGAUGAGGCUCAUCCUUCAGAUGGCUGGGCAGUGCCUGGGGACUCCUCUCUGUCUUUUGAGGUGAAGAAACACCGGAACCAAGAGGACCGAUGCGCAGCAGCCCAACAGCUCCUGGAGCGUUUCUCCUUACCGCCCCAGUGUCAAGUUGUGGCUGACCGCAUGGACAAUAAUGCCAACGUAGCUUAUGGGGUAGCCUUUGAACGUGUGUGCAUUGUGCAGAGACAGAAAAUUGCUUAUUUAGGGGGGAAGGGCCCCUUCAGCUACAACCUCCAAGAAGUCCGGAGUUGGCUGGAGAAGAAUUUCAGCAAGAUGAAUUCUAGAUUAGCUGGUUAA